AUGCGGAGGCGUGAGGUGGAUUUUGUUGAGAAUGUCGCGGGGGCGGAGGAAUUGGCGAAGCAGAAACAGAUGGCAUUGGCCUUGUGCCCUCCGCAGGACACGAAGAGCGAAGGGCAGCAGCGGCAGUUCUUUAUUCCACCGAUGAAGCCGCCCGGGAGGGCAGGCUCGUCCUUCUCCCACGGGGGAUUUCCACGUACUCGCGAAUCGCUUAUUUCAAAGGCGCAGCGCGACGCAUUGACGGUGUCUGCAUUUGGAUUUGGCACAACACGUCAUGGCCAGCCGGACAAAAGUGCCGCCGCUGUUCAGGACGGCUUCUCCACCGCCGCAGGGCAGACGGAUGGCAUUGUGGUCUCACAGAGCGAAAAGGAAUCGGUGCGCUUUCAUCUUUGCGUCAGUGCACUUUCGGAGGGCUGCGUGGCGACAUUCAUCCACCUGUUUGAGCUUUCCCACCGUGACCCCGUGUGCGUAGAUGAGCUCGCGCAGACUCACUUCACCGUCCCCGACGACCGCCUCGAAUGGGUGAAAAACCAACUCUCCGCGAUUGAGGUGCUGCGCCGACAGAGUGAAUUCCACAAUGUCUAUGAACGCUGUCAGGCACUGGCAGAUUAUUUUGAAGCCGAACGCGAUCAUGACGAGGCGGCCUGGCACUACGAAACGGCAUUGCGCUUCGCGAUGGAGUCCCUUGAUCGCCCAUUGGAGCAGAAGGUGCGUGGCGUGUACGCUGCCUUCUUUGAACGGCGGAAACAGUUCCGCAAGGCACUGACGCUCUAUGAGGCCAUGUAUAAGUUGGCCCUGGCACUUGAGGAUGAGAAGACUGCACUCGAGGCGAAUUGUCAUGUUAUGCGAACGUGUAAUGCACUGGGGGAGGAACUGAAACGGACAAGCCCCGAGGAAGCUAAGCGGUUCUUUGAUCGUGCUGUCGCCAUUGCCAAAAAUAUUGGAAGUGCCAGGGACGAAGCGGCUGGAUUCCAUGCACUCGGUUUGAUAUGUGAACAAUUGGGUGACUUGCAACAGGCCCUGCAGUAUCAACAGUCCUUCUUAGAUGUAUCGCAGCGAAAAGGACUUAUUGAGAAUGAGCGAAAGGCUGCUUUGGUUGUUGCUAGUCUGCAGGAACGCAUGCAAUUAAGUUCGGAAGCGAUGCAAUCACUGAAACAGGCGUUGGCUGUAUCUAGUGAAACAGGAGAUCUAGAGGGUGUCUGUCAUGCCACCAUGCAGCUUGGACAGGCCUGUAAGAGUAACGGUGAUGAAGAGAUGGCGCUUCACUACUUUCGUGCAAACUUUGAGGCGGCGUGUCGUCAGCGUAAUCAAGACUUAUUGGAUCAGGCACGUGUUGCUUUGGGCUUUGCACUUGGUGAGAAUUAUUUUAAGCACGCAGGCGGUGGCCGCGGGUAUGUACCGAUUGUCUGCUACGACGUGAAGGCACAAUUAGAGUGGAUGAGUAAGGGCGUAUUGUGA